GUACAUACACAAACAGGACCCAGAACUUACCAGGUUCAAGUGAGCCCAGACAUAAUGUGGCGGCGUCACAUUAACCAAAUGCAUUCCACGGAAAACAGCACAACAAUCGAGAGAGAACAGGCACAGAGAGAUCCUGAGAGUGACACACAGGGAACUGUAGAGGACGGUGGGGCAGUAAAGAGACCCCAGGCUGAAAGAAGGGAAUGUGUUGAUGAAGGUGCUGCUAUAGCAGAAGCUAUAAUGGAACAAGCACACACUGAGGAUGUUCAGGAGCCUCCAGACAAUCCGAGGCGCUACCCAGAACGAAGGCACCGUCCACCAGACAGACUAGACUUAUAAAACAAACAAAAACUAACUGUUCAAGUUCAAAUUAAAAGAUGCAAAAUAACUACAACAAGUUCUGGGAAAUGUUUCAGUUGUGGUUUGGUAAAAGUAACUCUGAUUGUAUAAGAGAAGGAAUGUUAUGUUCUGUUAAUUACUGAUGUCCCCUUUAAGGCGGGAGCACCCUUGGUCAUGGUCAGUGUUGUUCUAUGUUAUUCUGGUACUAACUCGUUUGAGUAAAUGUGAAGCUCCAGUUCAAUUGCUUGUAUUCAGAGUCUUUCUUAUUACAUAAAUAAGUACUAAGUGUUAAGACACUACACCCAUGAACAUUCCAUAAGCACAGGAACCAGUUUUGCCUGAGGAAAAGCGAAAGUAAAAGUGUUUCGGUCACACUUCUUGUCCUCGGAUGAUGGUGGUUAUGAUAUUGUUUUAUGAAGGGAUAGUUAUUUUUUAUGACUUUCAUACAUUGAUGCCGAUAUAAAUCAGCUAUUUUUUUAUCAGCUACGGACUUUCCUCGGUAAAUAUAAAUACAAAUUAAAAAUAAAUACAAAUCUGAAGUGGAAGACCAUUAAAGGCAAAAUGGCAGAGUCCAGUGUUCAUAAUAAUCCAAGGAUGAGAAAAUUCUUCACUGUUGUCAGUGGCAAUACCUUGGGGUCUCAUAAGGACUUUUUGAAACAACUCACCAUGCAACAAGACUUUACUGAAGUGAUGACCCUGGAGAAGAGUGAUGUCAUCAUAACUUUCUGUCCUAUCGUCAGUCGUGCUGGGACUGAUAUUGAAGCAGCACUGCAGGAGAUCCCAACUGGUAAAUGUGUUGUUUUGGUGGUGCUGCAUCAUACCUUCAACCCAGACUGCACAGUACCUGACAGUAGCAGACUGGUGACCAGAGGUGAUAUGCUAACAGUGGACUGUCUGUUCCAUGAGAACCAGGGACUACUGGACUGUCCUCGCAAUACAGAAGCAGUCCGGACGAUUUGGAGCCAUCUGAACAUACAGCCAAUGAACACCCGAAAAGGUUUGUUCAAAAACAAAAAGCCGAGUGAGCAGAAGAGUAAGAAGCAAGUGGAUGCACCGAAAAAAGAACUACGGGAAGAAAAAUGUCAGCAAUGUGUACACAAGGACAAUCUACUAAAGCAAAUAGAUGAACUGAACCAAAUACUUGAUCAACAGGUACAUGAUCUGAAGAACGAGGUAGAGAGACUGAGAAGCCAGGUCACAGCCCAGAUGACUGAUUCUGCGCCUCAACCUGAACAAUCGGUUGUGACGGGAUGGAAUGCACAGGAUAAGGAGCAGCAGUCGGCCCAUUGUUUGGGUUUUCAUCACUGAUUAUUUGGAUGGGGGUGGAGGGGGGUUAACAAGUGACAUCAAUAAGGGAUCAUAGCUUUCAUCUGGAUUCACCUGGUCAGUCUAUUCAUGUUUAGUACACUGACCAUUUUAUUCCAAAACAGUCACAUCGUUGUGAUGUGAAACUUCAGACACUUUUUGCUGAUCAAAAUGCUAACAUAAGCCCUUCUUGGUAGUGACUUUUGUACCAAAACCAAAGUGUGGAUUGUAGUCACUCCUUAGAGCAGUCUGAUCUCAGUUAACCCAGAACCUAAAUAUUUCUAAUUUGAUGAGCUGUGUGAUUAAGGUCUGGGUCCUGUUAGAAAUUGGGAGUUUCGGUUUGCGAAGUCUCCACCCUCGCAAAAGGAAACUCUCAGCCCCCCCCCCCCCC